AUGGCCUUUCAACAGCCAUCACAUCCUGAACAUGAACCUGAACCAGAAGUCACUUCCCCACCUCCGAAACAUCCAAAUCCAACCACAUCUGAACCACCUCAAACACCAUAUGAACCACAACCAACCCACUAUGAACCACAACCAACCCACUCUGAACCACAACCAACCCAACCACCAUCUAAACCAACCCCACAACCUAAACUAUCCUCACAGACCCACUCUGACAUACCACCACCCAUCACUUCCGCUGACCCAACAACUCCCACACUUAAUAUAAGCCUCUCUGAACAAGUCUGCAACAACUUCAUCGGAGACACUGGUAUUAGACUUCAAGAGCGCCUAGCUAGAGAAGCUGAGGAACGGGCAAGGAAGGAAGUUGAAGAGAAAGCUCACCAAGAAGAACUUCACAGGAUCAGAGAAGCUAAAGCAAAGGUUGUUGCUGAUGCUGCUGCUGCUGAGGCUAAGGCAAAAGCUAAAGCUGACACUGAAGAAGCAACUCGCAUUGCUGAAGAAGUUGCUGCCAAAGCCAACGCUGAUGAACUGACUCAGGGGGAGUACUCCAACUUUGGGUUCGUCCCUCUGGUCUUGAAGACUCUAGAGGAACUGCAGAAAGAACAACAGGUAGUUCGGGCCAGGAUGGAUCAACAUGACUCAAUCAAUGUCAACAUUCAGAACAUGUUAUCCCAGUUGCUCCAAAGGAUGCCUCCGCCUCCAAACCCUUAG